AUGACGGACGGUUUUGUGUUGAUUGUGUUCUACGUUGCCACGUGUGUUUACACAAUGCACGUAUGCGCAAAGAAGAAGAAGAAACCAACAGCCAAAAUUCGUCCCGACGUUCCAAUGUCAGGAUUCGGUACGACUACAAUGGGUGCUCCAGAACCCGCCGCGACGGCUUCUCAGAUGAAGAAACCAGAAGACGUGGCAGCUGGAAAGAAGGAGGAGAACAACAAAAAAGAAGAGGCUCCAGCAGAAAAGAAGGAAGAAGAGAAGAAGGAGGAGGAAAAGAAGGAGGAAGAAAAGAAAGAGGAAGGAGGAGAUGCUGAAAAAAAGAAGAGUUCGGAUGAGAAGGAUGAAGGAAAGAAGGAAGAAGGUGAGAAGAAGAAGGAGGAAUCGAAGAAGUAG